CCUGGGGGCCAGGCCAUCGGUCCCGGAAUGCCCCUGCCCGAGCCCAGUGAGCAGGAGGGCGAGAGCGUGAAGGCCGGCCAGGAGCCCUCCCCUGAGUCCCCUGAGCCGGGCACAGAUGUCGUCCCUGCAGACCCCACGAAGCCCACGGAGUUCUCCGAACUGGUCCUACUGACAGCCUCCACUGAGAAUGGGGAUGGAGUGGACUCCCAGCCCGAAGCAGUGCACUGUGUCCUGUCCUUGGAGAUGUCUGGCCCUGACACCCUGGCUGGGACCCCCCAGAUCCUGCCAGUAGAGGAACAGCAGGGGGCAGUCCAACCAAGCCCCCAGGCCCAGGAACUGAAACACAGCAAGCCAGACACAGCCCCCCAGCCCCUGGAGUUCCUGAGGACCCCAUUUGGGGGCCGCCUGCUGGUGCUGGAGUCCUUCCUGUACAAGCAGGAGAAGGCUGUGGGGGACAAGGUAUACUGGAAAUGCCGCGAGCACACCGAGCUGGGCUGCCGGGGCCGGGCCAUCACCCGUGGCCUAAGGGCCACGGUGAUGCGGGGCCACUGCCACCCGCCCGAUGAGGAGGGCCUGGAGGCCCGGCGCCAGAGACAGAAGCUGCCCAGCCCAGCCCUACCCGAAGGCUUGGGGGAUCCCCAGGGCCCCGGCGGCCGAGUGGAGGAGCCCCUGGAGGGGGUGGGCCCGUGGCUGUGCCCCGAGGAGCCGGAGCCGGCCCCGGGGCCAGUGCAGAACAAGCCAGCUCCAGAGGAGGAUGAGGGGCUCCGAGCCCUGUCGCUGCUGAGCUUGCCUCCCAAGAAACGACCGACGCUGGGGACCGGAGGGCCCCCACCCCUGGAGUUCCUGAGGACCUGCUACGGGGGCAGCUUCCUGGUGCACGAGUCCUUCCUCUACAAGCGGGAGAAGGCUGUGGGGGACAAGGUGUACUGGACGUGCCGGGACCACGCGCUGCAUGGCUGCCGCAGCCGGGCCAUCACACAGGGCCAGCGGGUGACUGUCAUGCGUGGCCACUGCCAUCCGCCUGACGUGGAGGGUCUGGAGGCCCGGCGGCAGCAGGAGAAGGCCAUGGAGUUGCUGCGGGCCAGGCCGGGCGACCCCGGGGGCCAAGCGGACAAGCUGCUCCAAGGCGUGGACAGCCUGUUCUACCGCAGGGGGCCGGGCCCCCUGACUCUCACCAGGCCCCGGCCCAGAAAGCGGUCAAAGGCCAAAGAUCAGGACCUCCUGGCCCAGCCGCGAGGCGAGGAGGACCAGGACGAGGACCUGGGAGGCCCUGAGUUCCUGAGGACCCCUCUGGGGGGCAGCUUCCUGGUGUACGAGUCCUUCCUCUACAGGCGGGAGAAGGUGGCCGGGGUGAAGGUGUACUGGACAUGCCGGGACCAGGCCCGCAUGGGCUGCCGUAGCCGAGCCAUCACCCAAGGCAAGCGGGUGACAGUGAUGCGAGGCCACUGCCACCCGCCCGACCUGGGGGGCUUGGAGGCCCUGCGGCAGCGAGAGAAACGCCCUGGCACGGCUCAACGAGGGAGCUCUGGAGGCCCUGAGUUCCUGAGGACCCCUCUGGGGGGCAGCUUCCUGGUGUACGAGUCCUUCCUCUACAGGCGGGAGAAGGCGGCCGGGGAGAAGGUGUACUGGACGUGCCGGGACCAGGCCCGCAUGCGCUGCCGUAGCCGAGCCAUCACCCAGGGCCAGCGGGUCAUGGUGAUGCGCAGACACUGCCAUCCGCCCGACCUGGGGGGCCUGGAGGCCCUGAGGCAGCGGGAGCAGCUCCCCAGCCCAGCCCAGAGGGAAGGCUCAGAAACCCUCCAGCCCCUGGAGUUCCUGAGGACCUCUCUCGGGGGCAGGUUCCUGGUGUACGAGUCCUUCCUCUACAGGAAGGAGAAGGCGGCCGGGGAGAAGGUAUACUGGAUGUGCCGGGACCAGGCCCGCAUGGGCUGCCGCAGCCGGGCCAUCACCCAGGGCCAGCGGGUGACUGUCAUGCGCAGCCACUGCCACCUGCCUGACCUGGCGGGCCUGGAGGCCCUGAGGCAGCGGGAGCGGCUCCCCAGCACAGCACAGCAGGAGGACCCAGAAAAGACAAAACUUCUGCCUGAAGUUCAACUGUGCUUCGAGACUUGUGCUCCUGAAAGCCAACAGAGCUAUGGCUAA